AUAAACAAAUCUUCCAGCUUUUUCCCCAUGAAACUCUCUCACUGCAGGUUCUGGAGGGUCUCCUCACCCCUCCGCCCCGGCGGCGUGCCUGCGUCACAGAGCCUCCCGCACCGUUAUGUCAUUAGCAUAGGGAGUGGACUAUAAAAACCAGCCGAACCUCCGCAGUAUCCCCGUUUGGUCUGGACAGGGUGCGAUAUUUAGACUUCAACAAUAACCCGCAAACUAAAGGAUUACCAUGGCCAGUCGAACAAGCACAUCUUCCUAUAAAAGGAUGUUCGGCGGGGAGCGUCCCGCGGCGGCGCGGUCCACUUUCUCCAGCCGGCAGUACAGCAGCCCAGUGCGCGUCUCCUCCUCGCGCACGUCCUACAACUACAGCAGCGCGCCUCCAUCCGUGUACGCGAGUAAAAGCUUGAGAGUGCGCUCCGGCGCGCCCCUUCCCAGACUCGCCACCGACACUCUGGAUUUCGGGCUUGCCGAGGCCAUAAACACCGAGUUUAAAGCCAACCGGACCAAUGAGAAAGCGGAGAUGCAGCACCUCAACGACCGGUUCGCCAGUUACAUAGACAAAGUGCGCUUUCUGGAGCAGCAGAACAAGAUCCUGAUCGCGGAGCUGGAGCAGCUGCGGGGCAAAGGAGCGUCCCGGGUCGGAGAUCUGUACGAGGAUGAGAUGCGGGAGCUGCGGAGACAGGUGGAUCAGCUGACCGGGGAAAAGAGCAAAGUGGAGGUGGACCGGGACAACCUAGGGGAGGACAUCGAGCGCCUCAAGGAGAGACUUCAAGAAGAGAUGCUUCAAAGAGAAGAUGCUGAGAACAGCCUCCGCAGCUUCAGACAGGAUGUUGAUAACGCCUCUCUGGCUCGUCUGGACCUGGAGAGAAAGGUGGAGUCCCUCCAAGAAGAGAUCGCUUUCUUGAAGAAGCUUCACGAUGAGGAACUUGCUGAGAUGCAGAUCCAGAUGCAGGAGCAGCAUUUGCAGAUCGAUAUGGAAGUGGCCAAACCUGACCUGACCGCCGCUCUGAAAGACGUCCGGCAGCAGUACGAGACUCUGGCCUCCAGAAACCUGCAGGAGUCUGAGGAUUGGUACAAAUCCAAGUUUGCUGACCUGUCAGAAGCUGCUGCUCGAAACAAUGAAACUAUCCGUCUGGCCAAACAGGAGGCCAAUGAUUACCGUCGCCAGCUCCAGGCUCUCACUUGUGACUUGGAAGCUCUCAAAGGAACGAAUGAGUCUCUGGAGCGUCAGAUGAGAGAACUAGAGGACAGCUUCUCCAUGGAGGCGUCUGGUUAUCAGGACACCAUCGGCCGUCUGGAGGACGACAUUCGCAACAUGAAGGAUGAGAUGGCACGUCAUCUGCGGGAAUACCAGGAUCUGCUCAAUGUUAAAAUGGCCCUGGAUAUUGAGAUCGCCACCUACAGGAAACUGCUAGAAGGAGAAGAAAGCAGGAUCACCUCACCAUUUCCCAACUUUUCAUCAUUAAGCCUGCGAGAUAAUUAACGAGUCCACCCAAAACGAGGAUCUGGAAUGAGCUGCAUGUGAACCCGAGGCACUGAAGAUCCACGCUGGAGUAAAUUGACAAGAAUGAAGUUUCCUCUGUUGUUUCUGUUGAGAGUAAAAGAAAAGAAAAGAAAAACAGCUUUAAAGUGCCUUCUUUGCAUUGCCACAUUAGAGCGGUCUGUUAUUAGAGCUGAAAGCUGAAAGUGUAGGCCACUGAGUAAACCAGCUUUAUCCUGGGUUUAUGUUUACCACGAUGUCUGUAGUUUACACUGUCGAAGACCACAGCAAUACUGCUUCAACUUUUUCUGUUUUGUAUGAUUUUCACAAACGACCAAAAACGUGAUGAGCUCGCGUCUUCUGCACCAUUAGACCAAACAACAAACUGACACAAAUUCAAUAAACCUUUUGAAAAAUAA